CCCGGCUGCGGCUGUGGCCACACGGAUGGCCAUGCCGGGCACAGGUGGCCGGGCCCGCCGGCACAGAGAGCGCUCGGCAGCGAUGGCUCUUGUUGGGGACAGUGCCCGGGGCCAGGCAGCCCCACGGUACCGCCGUCCCUGUCCUGCGUGGGGGGACACGUGGCUGACGCUGCUGCUGAUCUCCGCAGGGCCGCUGGGGAAGGCGCCGGACGGGAAGGAUGCCCAGAAUGGGCUCACCCGGAGGCUGGUGCGGCCGCGGGGCGCACGCCGUGGGACCGGCCAGCGGCCCGGGGGCUGGCGGAGGUCCCGGCGGCCCCGGCCCCGGCUGUCCCACAAGGGCCCCAUGCCGUUCUGAGCCAGGGCUGCCACCAGCCUUCCACGGACACGGCUUCCAUUGCCCGCGCCGCGUUCUCGCCCGAUCUGCUCAUCCUCCGGCCCUCCUGAGCCCUCGGCUGGCCCCACCUGCUCCCGGCGGCUGCUCCUGGAGGCCCCGGUGCCGGGUCUGGCACUGCCGGUGCAUUCUGCCCCUCCUCACCGCCCCGCAGGGCCGGCUGGAUGGGGGCUGCCUGCAGAGGGGCCACGGUAGCUACGAUGCCCUGUCCCGGUGGGCACAGGACUGGCUCAGGCAUCGGCCCGCCGGGACCACGGGCUUUGUGCACAGCACUUUGUCAGGCAGAGCAGCUUCUCCUCAGGGGUCUGUGUGCUCCCCCGGGGUCCUGCCCCAGCCCUGUCACCCCCACGCCAGGGGGGAGCACGCAGCUUUCCCUGGGUCUAUUUAUUCCCAUGGUGCUCAUCCCACACCCUGGGUGAGUUGCCCUCCCUUUCCCGCUGGCAGACCCACCUUGUGGUGGAGUGGGGUGCCCACCCAGGACACACUGCUUCAUGCCACAGGACAGUAGGAAUGGGGGACACUGGGGUCUCUGUCAAGCUCUGCCAUACACCAAAGGAGGGGCCCUGGCUCAGAGCUGGGCCCUGCUGACUGUCUCCUGUGUCUGUAAAGAUUUAUUCCAUGUAAAUACAACUUUAUAAUAAAGAGUUAUGAUUAUUAA